AUGCAGAAAAGCCCUCGCAACCCGGACGACUUCCCCACAGCACAGCUCUUUCUUCUGGCUAUCGUCCGUCUGGCAGAGCCUAUCGCACUCACCUCAAUUUUCCCCUAUGCCUGGCCCCUCGUCAAGAGGUUCGAGAUCGGCAACGCAGAAGAUGCCUCGUUCUACGCCGGCCUCCUCAUCUCCUCCUUCUCCCUCGCCGAGGCCCUGAUGGGCAUGUACUGGGGCGGUCUUUCUGACCGUAUCGGAAGAAAACCCGUACUGCUCCUGGGAUGCAUCGGUACCAUGUUCAGCAUGAUCAUGGUCGGCUUCGCCUCCAACAUCUGGAUCGCCGUGGCCGGCAGGGCCAUCGGUGGCCUCCUCAACGGCAACAUCGGUGUCAUCCAGACCAUGGUCGGUGAAUUGGUCACCAAGCCUGAGCACGAGCCCCGCGCAUUCUCAGUCAUGCCCUUCGUGUGGUCCAUCGGCACAAUCAUCGGCCCCUUCAUCGGUGGCACCUUUGCCGACCCCCACGACGCAUACCCCAAGCUGUUUCCCGCCCAUGGCAUCUUCUACCGCUACCCCUACCUCCUGCCCAACCUCGUCUGCGCUGCUCUCCUCUUCAUCAGCAUCAUCCUGGGCUACUUCCUGCUUGAGGAAACUCACCCUGACAUGCAGCCCCGUGUCUUCCUCCCCGACGACACCUACGCCUCUGAGGAGACUCCCUUGUUGGAGACCUCGGAUGCCAUGAAAAGGCCCGCCGUUGACUUGAGAGACGACAACUACGGAACCGUCCGCGGACGCAGCCAGAUGGAUUCCGGGAAGAUGACGGAACAGCCGUGCAACAUCUACACCAAGCCCAUCAUGUCCUUGAUCCUUGCCCUCUGCAUCUUCACCUACCACUCGAUGACAUACGACCACCUUCUCCCCAUCUUCUUCGAAGACGAUCGCGCCAUCGGCAACCCAAUGACCGUCCUCGCUUCCUCGAGCAGCCCAUUCUACACGCCUGGUGGCCUUGGCCUUUCGCUCCGUGCUGUGGGCAUGAUCAUGGCUGUCAACGGCGUCAUUGCGCUGUUCGUCCAGGCCGUCAUCUUCCCCUUCGCCGCCGAGAGACUGGGUGUCUACCGCCUGUUCAUCAUUGUCACCGUGUUGCACCCGAUCGCAUACGUCAUGGUCCCCGGCCUUCUUUUCCUCCCCGCCUCGCUGCUCUACGCCGGCAUUUACUUCUGCUUGACCAUCCGUAACAUCUUGUCCAUCAUCCUCUACCCGCUUCUCCUGAUCUUGAUCAAAGAGGCUACUCCCACGCCCAAAGCCUUGGGCAAGGUCAACGGUCUGGCUGCGAGCGCCGCUGCUGGCUUCCGCAUGAUAGCUCCUCCUGUCGCCGGCUGGUUGUACACUCUUGGAAGCAGGGUCGACUGCACCGCCCUGGCAUGGUACGGCAGUGCUGUCGUUGCCGUCAUCGGUGCUAUCCAGUGCUUCUCCGUGAAGCGUGAGCGCAAGUACGAGAUGACGGAGGAGGAGGCUCAGCCAUCCUUGCGCAAGAAAGAGUCUCGCGUCACCAUCACGGAGACGUUUUCGGACGACGAAUGA